AAUCUUAGUGUUAUUAGGAGUAGAACCACUUAUAUAAAUUGUAAUUUCGGACGUGGGACUUUUAUAUCUUCAACAAUGGCUUCUUCAUUGGAGAGGAAAAGCCAUCCCAAAAUAAAUCAUGUUGAGACUGAGGAUGAAAUUACAAAGGAAGAGGAAGAAGAAAUCUUAUGCUAUGCCCUGCAGUUGGUGGGUUCUUUUGCGCUGUCCAUAUCUCUGCAAUCAGCAAUUGAGCUUGGCGUUUUUGACAUCAUAGCCAGAGAGGGUCCAGGCGCCAAGCUCUCUUCGUCUGAGAUUGCAGCCAAGAUUGGCACCAAGAAUUCUGAGGCACCCAUGAUGAUGGAUAGGAUCCUCAGGCUCCUCACCAGCCACUCUGUUCUCCAUUGCUCUCUUGUUGCUGCUAAUGAGGAUGAAAAUGGUGCGUCUGAUUUUCAGAGGGUCUAUAGCCUUGGCCCAGUAUCCAAGUACUUUGUGAAUGAUGAAGAAGGUGGUUCUCUGGGUCCCAUGAUGGCAUUGACUCAAGAUAAGGUCUUCACGGAAAGCUGGUCUCAACUGAAAGAUGCAGUUGUUGAAGGAGGAAUUCCAUUUAACAGGGUCCAUGGCAUGCAAACUUUUGAGUUUCUAGGUUUGGACCCCAGGUUUAAUCAAGUGUUCAACACAGCAAUGUUUAACCACACUACCAUUGUCAUCAAGAAACUUCUUCACAUCUACAAGGGUUUUGAAGACAAGAACCUCACACAACUUGUUGAUGUUGGUGGUGGCUUUGGAGUGACCCUUAAUCUGGUCACAUCUAGAUAUCCCCAUAUAAGGGGUAUCAAUUAUGACUUGCCCCAUGUCGUAAAUCAUGCCCCUUCCUAUCCUGGUGUGGAACAUGUCGGAGGAGACAUGUUUGCUAGUGUUCCAAGUGGGGAUGCUAUUUUUGUGAAGUGGAUACUUCAUAAUUGGAGCGAUGAGCACUGCCUAAAGCUGUUGAAGAAUUGUUACAAAGCUAUUCCAGACAAUGGAAAAGUGAUUGUUGUGGAAGAACUACUUCCAGCUAUGCCAGAUACUAGCACUGCUGUGAAAGCCACUUCCCAACUUGAUAUGAUUAUGAUGACUCAAAUUCCGGGAGCGAAGGAGAGGAGUGAAGAAGAAUUCAUGGCCCUGGCAACUGGUGCUGGAUUUAGUGGCAUCAGAUAUGAAUGUUUUGUCUGUAACCUUUGGGUUAUGGAAUUGUUUAAGUAGCCAAGUGAUAUGAACGCUUACACACUAAAAUAAAAGUGUUCCGAGCCUGUGCUCACAUCACAUCAAUAACAAAAACACUCAAUUCAAGCCAAAUAAAAUAUUUGCAAAUGUUUCUUGUCUAUGAGCAAGAAAUUAUUUAAGACUCGGCACAUUUUGUCUGCAGAUUAUUUUACUUUUAUCUUUCCCUUGUAAAGUAACAGAAGAAACGUAAUGACAUGAAUUACAAGGUGCGGAAA